GACGUUUUUUUAUUAGAUUUUUUAUGUCAAAAGCGAUUUCUCAGGACAAAUCCAUCUCCUUGUUCGUUUAGUUUAUGUGAGAAGAGCGUUCAGUGCGAAUGUGUUUCGAUUUUCGUUCGAUUUAUCUUAAGAGUAUCUGAUUGUUAAGUUCCUAUCAUUCUAAGGGUUUUACACUCUCCAAACUACUUUGCAAACCUAAAUGCAUGGAUAGUUUGGUUUAUUUUCAUUUAAUUAUUAUUUAAUUUAUAUUUACAAUGUCAUCCCAAUUAACAUUCACUAUUGAACCUGACCCAGAGAACCGAAGUAUGACUGAGUCAGUGGGGUCACACUCUGAUUUAUCAGGAAACACAGGAAACGUAGGAAACACAACAAAUACAGGAACUGCAGGAAAUUCAGGAAAUACAGGAAACACAGUGCAAAUAGGCAGUCAGAGUAAUAAUAAACAACAACAAAUGGAUGUUGUUUGCAUUAUGGAUUUGACUGAAACAGACCAUCAAGCAGCUGACCGUAAAAAAGCCUUAGAAGAAGUGAAGGCAGCAUGUACUCAAGUUGGUGCAAAGUUCAGCCAUAUUACGUUCGACAAGAUGGAUGUCGCUGAGGCCGACGAGGUGAGCAGCUUCUACAGCGCAGACGUGGCAAUAGUGGACCUCUCAGUACUUAUACAGCAGAGCACGCUUUUCUACCACUUAGGUGUUCGCGAAAGCUUUCAUAUGAGACAUAAUAUCCUGCUAUUUAACGAUACCGAUACCGACGCAGCAGUGAGACUAAAGCUCUCUUGUGGAAGUUAUUCGUUCGUCUCUUACGCCGUGAAUAAAAACAGCAACACCUGUUUUGUCACCGCGGCCGCAGCUAGGGGAGACGAAAUCAUGGAGCAGCUACGGCAGAGAUUGGGCUGGAUGCUCAAGGAUGUCGAGGUGCAAAGCAAGUUGUUUUUAAAAGAAAAGUUCUUGGACGACUUGAAGAAAAUCCGGGAUAGUUUGACUGGUUCUGAUCUGGAAGAGGCUCUUCAAGUGAUGAGAAGACGCCUUAACGACCCCCACGUAUUAUCCGGAGAAGUUAUCCUCAACAUGCUCUUCUGUUUCCGGGAUAUCCAGGACUACGACUCGAUGGUAGAGCUCGUAGACGAUUUACGUACUUUACCAUCGUCCAAAAACUGCAUCAACUCUUACGUAUUAUAUUGGUACGCCUUUGCUCUGAACAGACGAAACUGGAACGGAGACAGGGAAAAAGCACUGAGAGUCUGCCUUAAAGCUCUCAAGAAGAAAGAAAACAAUUUCCCUGACAUGAUUUGCCUGUGUGGUAGGAUAUACAAGGACAAGUUUGUCGAAUCAAACCACAUUGACCAGGACAGUUUGAACCAGGCAAUUUAUUGGUACAGGAGAGGAUUCGAAGUCCAACAGAAUGCCUACGCUGGGAUAAACCUUGCCACACUUCUGGUUAUAACAGGGGCUGCAUUUGAAACUUCUGAGGAACUUCAACGUAUUGGAAUGGUCUUGAACAAUUUGAUAGGAAAGAAGGGCGGUUUGGAGUCCUUGCAGGAUUACUGGGACGUAGCAACCUUCUUCGAAAUUUCCGUCCUUGUGCAACGUUACGGUAGCGCCAUCCAGGCUGCUGAACGUAUGUUCAAACUAAAACCUCCAGAUUGGUACCUGCAAUCCACAGUGGGAAACAUAGUACUCAUAGAUAAGUUUAGGAAGAAGAAAUCGGCCGAGAAGACUCCAGAAGAAAGGAUUUUCUACUUUUGGAUGGAAUUCUUCGUGGAAACGACUAAAAAACCAGGAGAUUGCUGUUUCUGGUUUCCAGCUUUGGUCCUUGAACCAAACCAGGUGUUCCUGCCCUCAUACGUCUGUGUAAAUUUAGAAAUCGAACAGCCGUCCAUUCAGAUUAACAAUUUGUGCCUGAAACAAUUAAAAGGAGUCUGCAACCAGAUACACGAGUGGGAGUUCACAGCGAACAUGAUCCGAUCCUUUAGCAUAUGCAAACGGGACCAUAGAUGCCUGUUCAUUUACUGCAAUUCAGACACCUUUGAGGUCUUCUUCCCAACGGAUGAAAUUAGAUUGAAGGUUUUUGCGUUGAUGCAAGGGCUAAAUGGGGAAAAGGAAGGCAUAUUCGUGAACAUUGACACGCCUACAGAAAUUGAUUAUGAGUACGACUCAGACGAACAAGGAAAGAGAGUGAUCUUGGGAAAAGGGACCUUUGGAGUCGUUUAUGCUGCCAGAGAUUUGAACACACAAGUUCGUAUUGCUGUAAAAGAAGUACCAGAGAAGAAUUUGAGCUUGGUGCAACCCUUACACGAAGAAAUUCGUCUUCACUCGCAGCUGAGACAUCGAAACAUAGUUCGAUACCUGGGAUCGAUUUCAGAAGACAACAUUUUCAAAAUAUUCAUGGAGCAGGUUCCUGGGGGUUCUCUUAGUGCCCUUUUACGUUCCAAAUGGGGCCCACUAAAAGGCAACGAACGCACAAUAGCCUUCUACACGAAACAAAUAUUGCAAGGACUCAAAUAUUUGCACGAUCAAAACAUUGUGCACAGAGACAUUAAAGGGGACAACGUUCUAGUUAAUACGUACAGCGGGAUUUUAAAAAUAUCCGAUUUUGGGACGUCAAAGAGGCUCGCAGGACUGUGCACUGUUACAGAAACAUUUACAGGUACUCUUCAGUACAUGGCCCCCGAAGUAAUUACUAGAGGACAGAGGGGUUACGGGGCUCCAGCAGAUAUUUGGUCUCUGGGUUGUACGGUGGUAGAAAUGGCAACUGGAGACCCUCCUUUCAUUGAACUGGGAUCAGCACAGGCGGCACUUUUCAGAGUGGGAUAUUACAAGGCACAUCCUCUGGUUCCUGUAGAACUUUCUGACUGCGCAAAGAAUUUCAUUCUCCGAUGCUUCGAGGCCGAUCCUGAUAAAAGAGCAACGGCAGCGCAACUUUUGGAUGAUCCGUUUUUGGGUAAGUGACUGUUAGAAAUAAAAAGUUUUUGUAGUUUGUUUAAUUUGUUCUACAUAUGUUGUUGUUCCACUGCAGUUCGGCCAUAUUUUGUCUCUAUUACUUUUUUGGUUUUCUCAAAUGCAAUAAGUCAAUCCCUUCAAUUCGAGGGAUGAAAAUAACUUAAAUUUAUUAAAUAUAAAUGAAUUCAAGAAACCCUAAUAU